UGCUCCUCUCGCUGCCUCCUCUCUGCGCUCCCAUAUGUCAAAGUCUUUGUGCUUUUCAAGACAGAGAGGCGACAGAAGGAAAAAAACAGCUGGAUCCAAGGGUCCUUCCAGCUAGCGGCUCGGCUAGCUGUAGCAGCUCCUCAAGCCAGCGCUUUCCCCUCGGCCCCCUGACUUCCAUAAGCUGGUGGUGAGGCUGAUGAUGUGGUGUGAAGAUGGAGGCUCCUGAAUACCUGGACCUGGAUGAGAUCGACUUCUCAGAUGAUUCAGUGUACUCUGUCACGUCUCUGAAGAGCAUCCCAGAGUUGUCCAGGAGGAGUGAUGGCCAGGCCGAGGAGAGACCAGCUCCAGCCAUCAACUGGAGUCGUGGCGUUUCCUCCCACAGCGGCGGGGGAAUCAAACCCACGGGGCUCGCUGAGGUCCACAGCAAGUUCCGGCCGGUGAAGAGGGUCUCCCCUCUCAAACACCAACCAGAGACCACCGACUCUGACUCUGAUGGUAAAGUCCAGGGGCUGGGGCUGGGGCUGGGGGAGCCGGCGGAGGCCAGUAAGGACGACUCCAGCUCUGACAAACCGACCCAUGCCUCCACCUCCUCUGACGGUACAGAAGGGAAGGCGAAGGCCCUGGGCGGCGGCGUUGGUGUUGGUGGAGGGAACAACCCCCAGGCUCUGUUCGGGGAGCUGGAGCACUACGAUCUGGACAUGGACGAGAUCCUGGACGUGCCUUAUAUCAAGUCCAGUCAGCAGAUGUCCACGCUGCCUCGCGUCCCCCACGACAAGCGUUCGGUGACAGGGAGCAACCUGGGCGGAGGCACCCUGGAGAGGAGCCGGGGAGGAGGGCUGAAGAGCUCCGCUUUACCCCACAGCGAGCCUCUGAGCUUGGGCAGUGGCAGCUCACAGACUCAGUAUUGUGUUCUGUCUCCGGUGAAGUGGUCAGACCUGAGGAAGUCCAAGUCGAUGGAUCCAGACCUCCACCACCUCCACCGCUCCCCAGCUGGUGGAGGGUACCAGUCAGAGUUGCUCUCCUCCGGACUCCUCAGCUGCUCCUCCUCCCUCUCUUCUUUCUCUGAUGCAGACAAGCUGCUGUCUGCGCGGGUCUACCCAGACUCCCAGAGCCAGAGGCCAGGCGUGGAGCCUGCCGGGGGCCCGGCGCUGAUGUUCCCCCUGCCAGGAAGCAGCGUGGGCAGGCAGGACGCUUCCAAGCCCUGGCCUCCUGGACCAGGAGGAGGAGGUGGAGGCAGCGGUGGGCCGAGGGGGUUUGGAGGAGGUGGAGGAGCAGGAGGGGAGGUGGACGAAGAGACAAAGAAGAACCAGAACAUCAUCAACAUCGUCAGAGAGGGACAGAUCUCUUUGCUGCCUCACCUGGCGGCAGAUAACCUGGAGCUGAUCAGAGACGAGGACGCAAACAACCUGCUGCACAUCUCGGCCUCUCAGGGUCAUGCCGACUGCCUGCAGCAUCUCACCUCUCUGAUGGGAGAGGACGGCCUCAACGAACGCAACAACCAGCAGCUCACCCCUGCUGGUCUGGGAGUCAAGAACGGUCAUCUGGAGUGUGUGAGGUGGAUGGUGAGUGAGACAGAGGCCAUUGCAGAACUGAGCUGCACCAGAGAACAUCCCAGUCUGAUCCAUUACGCUGCCCGCUAUGGACAGGAGAAGGUCUUGUUGUGGUUGCUUCAGUUCAUGCAGGAACAGGCAAUCUCUCUGGACGAAGUCGACCAGAACGGAAACACUGCAGUCCACGUAGCAGCUCAGUACGGACACCUCACCUGUAUACAGACUCUGGUGGAGUACGGCUCUAACGUGACGGUCCAGAACCUGCAGGGGGAACGGCCUUCCCAGAGUGCCGAGCGGCAGGGACACACCACCUGCGCUCGAUACCUGGUCGUCGUGGAAACCUGCAUGUCAUUGGCCUCGCAGGUUGUUAAACUCACCAAACAGCUCAAUGAACAGGCAACAGAGAGGAUGGCUCUACAGAAACAACUGCAGAGACUGAUGGACCCCAACAAGGCAGAGGGGACACCUUCCAGAUCACCCAACUCCCAUCAGCCCUCAGUGGAGGCGUGGCCAGAGAUGUUGUUGACAGCGGAGGGGACUCCGGGUGAUGGUCAAUGGUUGGUUCGUCAGGGAGGGGUGGGUCCAGACUCGGUGCUGCGGCAGCUGCUGGGGAAGGACAUGUCAGACUCGCUGUGUUCCAGGGAGAGGCUGCCUCCAGGGGGUAGCCUGAGCAGAGAGGGCCCCGGGGCCCCUGGGGCCCGCAGGACGGGACUGGUGGAGAGGAGAGAGCUCAAACUAGCGAGACUCAAACAGAUCAUGCAGCGCUCUCUGAGUGAAUCAGAUUCGGACGGUUAUCCACCAGAGGAAGGUAAAAAUCAAGGAGCCCCGGCCUCAAACACACUGCGACCUGAUAGGCCGUCCCACCUGCCAAUCACAGAGGAGGAGCCAGUGUCAAACCACCUUAACCUGAUGAUGAGGCAGCACCUCCCCUCCUCCUCUUCUUCCACAGCUGAGAGGAAGCUGGCGUUUUCUCUCAGCGGGUCAAAGUCAGCGGACAGCGCCGGUUACAACCCCUCCCCCACCUCCAGCGACCCUGAGGCCGCAGACGGUAAAACGCCAGACGUUUCCGGCGACUUCCACGACGCCGCAAACGGCCAGAAAGUUGCCACCAGUCCCAAGAGCGCCCUGAAGUCACCCUCGUCUCGCAGAAAGACGUCUCAGAACCUCAAACUGAGGGUCACCUUCGACGAGCAGGUCCACAAGAGCUCCAAUCAGGAGGCAGAGCAGACCAAAGGGCAUCAUGGGAAGGAGAGGACUCCAACAGGAAGUUCUGAAAGCAAGCGACCGUUCGGGGCGUUCCGCUCCAUCAUGGAGACACUGAGCGGAAACACAAACCACAACAACAACAGCGGUGGUCAGUCAGGCUCUGCUGUUAAACUGUCCACCUGUCAGAACUCACCUGGCAGGAAGUCGGAGAGUAAAGGCAGCCCGGGAGGAGGAGCCAAGGGCAAGAGCAAAACCAGUAACGUUUAACCAACUAGUGCCUACUGAAGGGCAGAGAGCACAUAACAAACAGACCACAACAAAGAGCAAACCGCAAGAGGCAGCGAACAUGAGAAAUUUAUAGCGAUUAACCUGAUUGACACAUUUUGUGUCAACAAUUGUACCCGUUCUUCUCCGUUUCAUAAAUUUAUCAAAACUGAACACAUCAUGUGACAUUUACUUUUCCAGUGGUAGAAGUGAUAUCUCCGAUGUUUAGAAAUCAAUAAAAAAAAACCAACCUUAAAUAUAGGCAAAAAAACAGUGUCCAGGUGUAUCCCAUAGCCAAGUUACUGACUCCAUGGUAACAUUAUACUUCCUGUUUACAUCACCCAAAGUAUCAUGGGAACUGUAGUGCCAAAACUCAAAACAUAUAAAUCCCAAAUUGGGGAUAUAUAUAUAAUUUCAUGCAAAGAUGCAUCCCAAAGUGCUUAACAAAGCAAGAUCUGAUGAAAAUAAACAAUAAUAGCAAAGAUACUCUCCUCUAUCAUUCAUAUACAGAUAUUUAGUGUGUUGAAAAUCUGUGAACAUAAAAACUCAAUUUUAAAUGAUGUAAAGAUUUUUUUCAUAAAUACUGUCCUAGAACAUAUACAGUGUGAUAAAUACAUGUUCUAGGAUAACAUGAAUGAUGACAUUUGUAAGUGGGUUAACCUCACAACAAUCUAUGACAUGUAAGUAUGCCAUAAACCUUACAGGCUUCAGGCUUCACAAGGCCAGUAAACUACAGCAGCAUACAAAAAACACCAGACACGUCAUAGUUUAACAACUCGAUUAGAUGAUUAAUAUAAAAUUGGACUUCAAGUGACCAAAUCAAGAGUGUGACCGACCACCUUUUGGUCAUUUGAAGAUAAGACUCUCCAGCUAGUUUUGUUUAUUUGGUCCGAACCACAGUGGUGGAAAAGCUGACUUUGCUUAAUUUUUGUAUUUGGUUUGGAAACAGUCGCAUCAGCUGAUCACAGGCGGACCAGGUCCUGUAAACGGUUUGUUUAAUGUUUCUGACUUGUCAUCCUUCCAGUUUGACCGCUGGAGACUUCAUUUAUUUGUUCAAAGUAAAAUAGUGAACGUGACUUUCAGACUGCACACAGAGACAAUCUGACUCUGCGUGAGAGAAGUCAACAUCUGUUCUCUUUUACCCAUAAUCCCUAGUUAAUCACUACCACAAACAAACUUGGUCAUAUACUAAAUUAGUCAGUAAAAUAAACGUCCCAGUCAAAGCCUGUUAUUUUUUGACAAAAUAAUCUUUACUCAACAUCCACUUACUAGCUUUUUGUGGUGCUUUUAACAGUAUCUUAACGUUUUCAUCAGUGGAUGGAGUUUGCUUAGUUAACUGUUUGCUAAAGUAAACUGACGGUGAGUUAAGAUUAUUUAGUCAAACUACCAUUCUCAAGGUCAUGAACUUCAUCCAGCGAGCAGUUUAAUUUCAGUGAUGAGCAACGGUGUUUCCUCACACUUUUCUUUCUGUUCUUUUGUUACUUAUACUGCAGUUUUUAUACUUGCUAACCGCAAAGUUUCUCAUGUUCUUUGCCUCUAAUGUUUGAGUUGUAAUGGUUUUUACACAGGCCUGAAAGACAAAAACAGAAGCUCUCAGCUCUGUUACCGUCUGUUAAAAUGUAUUUGAUGCCGUUAUUCAGACAGCAGUCACUACAAAGUGAAUGAGAAGAACCUGUGUGUUUUUAAUGAGACUGAAGCAAUCGUUUUUAUUGACAGACUGAAGGAAAUGAGUGUAUUAAUCAGUGUCCUGCAGAAACCUCACAUCUCCAUAAUGCAACUUUUGAUACAGUUUUAGUUUUGUCACAUUUAGUUUGAUUGUGUAUCAGAUUACAGAGCCAUCCCAGAGUUCAGUGGUCUGCUAAAACAAUUUUUUUAAAAAAUGUCAAAACUGAAUCUUUCUAAAUGGAGAUAAAAGGUUUCUGGUUCUCUGCCACUCUUGUUACUGUACUCUGAAAUACACUAAAGAUGAUCUUAUGAAAUAUUAGUAUUUAUGUUUAUGCACACAGUUAUGUGAUUUGAAAGUUUUUAAAUGUGGUUAUAAUCACGCACGUGGUUAACGUGCACCAGCACAACAAAUACUUUUAAAACCACUGUAUAUGUAGUAGUAUUUAAUUUUUUUUUCUCUCAUCAUAUUCCACACAUUUUUUUAUUUUAUUUCCAUGGUUAUUAUCUAUGCAGUAUUUUUGGCAUGAAGUAGACGUUAGUUGUGUGAUGUGUUUGAGACGGGGAGGUUUAAGGAUGCUCCUUCUACGGCGGCUGAAAAACAGGCUGAAAGAAGGAGAAGUUGAAACAGAGAUUUUAUACAGCUUUCAGGAGAUUGUGAACAUUGACAAACUGUCUCAAAGCUGGAAACUAGACGACUAAGGCUGUAAUCUGAUGCUCUCAUCCAGUGAUCGAAUUCCAGCGUACCAAAUAUUAAAAACAGAUUUUUUUUAAAAAUGUAUUCACCACUUUGAGACGUUCAGCACAGAGUGACGGGAGUUUUGACUUUUUUAAUCAUAUUUCUUAUAUCAUUCAUUUUAGGUUUAGAAAUGCUACUAUAUAAAUGUUGAUCAGUUUAAACAGUUGAUUGAUCCUUGCUCCCCAAUAAUUCAAAAACUGCUGCUAUCUGUAAUUUUCUGGACCUUUUGAUGGUGAAUACAGACACUGCAGCCUCACUAGCAGCCCCAAGAGGCUGCGGUGUUCAUUACACCUCGUGAUUUACCGGGGUUGGACAGGUCAAACGUUGUUUACAGUAUUGGGGAUCAAAAUGUAAUAUUUUUUCCUGAGUGUGGUGCUAGAGGAAAGGUCAAAGGGUUCCUCAAACUCAUUAGGAAUCAUCCAGCAGCAUAUCUCUUUGGUCGUUGGAUGGACCGACUGCCGUCCUAAAAGAAAACUCUUAACGUUUUAGGACAUUUGCUGUCUUUAUAGAGUUUGAUUAGAAGAUUAAUUUAUAUCAUCUGCUUCAUGUCUGUGCAGGACUAACCUCGGAGGCAUGUUUAACCUAGCUUAGCACGAAGACGUGUAGCAAGUUAGACAAAAUGCCAGAAUAUUCAUUUUAGCCUCACCGCUGAAGAGGCAAAAAUCUCCCAGUUGCCGUUUUAGUUUUAUUGCGUCGGCAGUGUGAAAACACUCCUAACAGAGUCACAGAUUACAGCCUCGGCUCUCUAAUUUGUAGCUUUGGGAGAAACUGGAUCACAUCUGUCAUUAUUUUGAUGCAUGUUUACGUUAAUAGAAAUACUGUUUCUGGUUCUGAUGCAGCAGAAUAUUUCUAAUCCAGACUGAUCGUUGUUGGACAUCAGUCUGCAGAGAUUUUCUUUCACAUUCCUGUAUGUUUAAACAUCUGUAGUUUGGAUCGGUGAGAUUCUGCUGUGCAGUUUCCUCAUCUGGUUUCCAAACACCUUGCUGCAGUUUAUCAUUUUUAUUCUGGUUUACACACACUUCAGCUGUUGUUCUUGAGUGUGCAGGUGUUGAUGGUGGAUAUCUUUUAAGGCAGUGCAGUCUGGGAGGAUUUACCUGCAUCCAGUCAGCUGAUUUGAUCUGACUUGUUAAAGGAACAGUCCACCAUAUUAGUGUCUUCCCCAGAGUCAGAUGAGACAGUGAUUAGCAGCUUCAUCGCUUUAGGUCCAGUACAGAUACACUACUUGGUCGGCCACUGAUGUUGGGUGACAAGGUCUGGCUCACAGUCGGUGUUCCAGUUCAUCCCAAAGGGAUGUACGUUUGGCCAUGCAGAAAAGGCUGAUUUAAAAAGACAAAAAGUAGGUGUCCACAUACUUAUGGCCAUAGUGAUGCACAUCAAUCCUCUCGUCUCAAAAUAAUUUAAUGCAAACACGUGUAUUUCCCAGAAAGUUGGACUGUUCCUUUAAACACUGGUACUGUUGUAUAAUUCAGAGAGCUGAGCAGUAGGAAAACAUGGGCAUCAAGUUAAAACUUUCUGUUAUGUGCAAAAAUGUCGAAUUUGUCGUCAGGCAAGCAAAUAAUUCAACAUUUUAAAGAAUCCAUUUUCUAAUAAUAAAAGAAUAUGAAUAGAUAUUUACUUAGUUUUUAAAUAAACUCGACAACAAAUUCUAAACUCCAUAUAACUCAAAUAACAGAGCACUGACUAUAUUUUCCAGUUAGUUUUUGAUUUGAUUUAUUUGACAUAUCAAAAAUAUAUAACUGCGACAAAUAUAUAUUCAUUGAGAGUGUCGAGGAUAACACACUAUAGUUAAAGAUAAACUUAUUUCCAUUGUGGUCCUCUUUCCAGGAAGACAAAUUAAUUAGUUAAUCAGUUCUUUCCAAGAGACAUGCAUGCAAGUUAGUAGGAAAUGACUAACUUACAAGACUCGUAAAAUAAAGUGUAACCAACAGUUUUAAGAGUUUUCCAAGGUGGCUGGAGUUGCCAGGUAAAGUUCCCGCCUUCAUUGCCUCAAAAUAUGCUGCCAAAACAGUGUUCUGUCUGUGGGCUGAGUGUGUUGAUGAGAUUGUUUCUGAAUGGCAGUUUGUUUUAUUUGCAGUGUCUUUAUCGUAAGCGCUCCUUCAGGACAAAGGAAAGGAGUAGACAAAGUGAACUCUACCUGUUCGUUGUGUUUUUAAUGAACUCUUCAGAUGGACAGUGUUGCUGCAUCGACUCGGAUGUUUACUCUCAAUGCAAUGCAAAAAAAAAAAAAGAAAUAAAAUGAGACGCAAUAUCAGUGAAUGUUGGAGGAGACCGUCUGAUCCGGAUUUAGUUUUUUUUUACUGACCAGCGUGUACAGAGACAGACGGCUGCUCUUCCGUCCUUCUGUUAUUGAAGCUGUUGUGAAGAAAAACUGAAAUAAACUGUUACUUUGAGCGAAUAAAUCUUAUCCUGUUUUUUAUAAACUGAAGAUGCUGAAGAAGAGCUUCAUGAUCACGGCAAUAUUUCCUAAAUUGCAAUCAAGAUUUUUAAACAUUGACUUUACUGGACCUCUCCAUAGAUCCUUUUUGUACAUAGUGACUUACCUUUGUUAUUGGACAUUAAAGCACCAUACAAGUGUC